UUAGUCGACAGCAGCCGUCUCUCUCUAUCUGUGAGUGUGUGUGUGUGUGUGUGCUCUCUGUCUCAAACAUUCUCGCCAACAUGCCUCAAGCAUGACAAUAAACUGGUUUAGCUGGGUGAAGGGGUAAAAGCAAUGUAACAGAAAACUUUCGACAAGUCCCACCUGGACUAGAAGCACGGCGCAGUUGUGGAGGAAAACAUGGUGAAGAAGGCAACAUGACGGGAGUAAAGUUUAACAUGGAAGUUUGACGAGUCAAUAACAGCGGGACUACAGUAUGGCACGACGCUCUCAGUGUUCCUCUGCUGGGGAUAACCCCCUGGACCCCAACUACCUCCCCCCUCACUAUCGGGAAGAGUACCGCUUAGCCAUUGACGCACUGAUUGAGGAGGACUUGGAGGGAUACUAUCAGUUCCUCCAAAAAGCAGAUGUGGUGGACUUCCUAUCCACACCUGAGAUUCACUAUAUUCAAAGCUCUGUCCAGGUCCCUCAGCAGAGCAACUACCCUGAACAACAUUUUCUGGAGAUUGGGGGAGAUGGCUCCUCAGACACUUACUGGCCGAUUCACUCGGACCUGGAAGCCCCAGGCUUGGACCUUGGCUGGCCUCAGCUGCAUCCCUUCCUUGGACCCACAGAGGUCACCACUCUGGUCAACCCGCCUGAGCCUGACAUGCCGAGCAUCAAGGAGCAGGCACGACGACUUAUCAAGAAUGCUCGACAGGUGGUUGCUAUAGUGAUGGACAUGUUCACUGAUGUUGACAUGUUUGCGGAUAUUCUCGAUGCUGCCAUGAGGAACGUUGCUGUCUACAUCAUUCUGGAUGAGCAGAAUGCACAUCACUUUGUCCACAUGGUUUCCAACUGCAGAGUCAAUCUACACAACAUUCAACUUUUGCGCGUGAGAACAGUGUCUGGCAUCACGUAUCACUGCCGCUCAGGGAAAUCCUUCAAAGGUCAGAUGAUGGAUCGUUUCUUGUUGACAGACUGCAGGGCUGUGCUGAGUGGAAACUACAGCUUCAUGUGGUCUUUUGAGAAGCUCCACCGCUGUAUGGCACACCUUUUCCUUGGACAGCUUGUAACGACCUUUGAUGAAGAGUUUCGGAUUCUGUACGCUCAGUCUGAACCGCUGGUGAUUGAAAAUGUCAAUCCAAUGGAAGAGUUUAGCCUUGUUCAGAAGAGGCAAUAUCCAAGUGAAAGAACAAUGUACAGAGAGCCAAAGAAAUUUCAGUCACUGGACACCGCUCAUCCAGAGGAAUGGCUGAGACAUUCCUAUGAUGAACGUAUGGAUAUUGAUCGGAGAAUGAUGCCUCUCAAAAAGCAGGAGUCCCUGCAUGGCCCUGCAGAAAUGUAUGGUAGAUUUCCAUCUCAGCAAUCUCGCAUGGAUCCUUCCUUUGAUCAGGGCCCCUCCAGGAUGCCCUUGAUGGAAAAUCUCGCCUUCAAACGUCACAGUUAUGCUGAAGGUGCUCAUGGUAGAUUCUCCUACCCAUUCUUGCAGCAACAGGGAAUGCCAGAGCCUGAGAACCAGGGAAGGCAGUUUCACAGGGGGCAGCAACCUUAUCUAGGACCAGGAAAAGAAGCAGAUUACAGUACCUAUGACAAGUUCUGGAACCAAGACUUUCAAUCAGCAGAUCAGUACUCUGAACCUGGUUUCCCACAGGAGAUUGAACCACCUGAUAACUUUGACCCUGUGCUGAACUAUUUAUCAUCAACCAGAUUAGCAGACUUUGACCAGGGUUCAGAGAGAUUACCACCUGGAGCAGAUUUACCGUUUGGUUCAUCUCACCAUAGAAGACUGAGUUUGGGCAAGCUACGUGCAUCUCAAGUAUCUCCCACCCCCUCAAAUCCAGAUCAGAAGCCGUUAAUUCAGGAGCCGAACACAGAUCGCAAGGAUCCCAUGGUGAAACGGGGGCUAAGAAACUGGAGGAUUAGCUCCUACCUCAGUACAUAUGACAAUACAGGAGAUGAAGGCCUGCCAUCGACACCACCUAAUGCACCAGAUCCUUUUGAAGAGACCACCAACGUCAUACAGCAAACACCAGGCACAGAUUUACAGGUCCCGAAAAUCCCCAAUGUCAGAGAGUUUAAGGUUCCUGCAAUACCCAGGGUAAGUCAGGUGCCAAGUUAUGCCAAAACCACAGCACGAGAACAGCCAAAGAAAUUGCUUGAUGAACCAACUGCAGCAGCAGCAGCAGAGACCAAAACAACACCAACACCUUCAGAAUCAUCAUCCACAACUGAAACAGACAAGAUGGAGGAGGCAGAACAAAAGGAACCAAAAACUGUUGGUCUUCGAAGGGAGGAGUCGUUCCGUAGGAAAUACAAUGCAGCAAUACCGAGGAGCUCUAGGUUAAGAUCAUCUCUGAUUUUCAGCUCUAUGGAGCAGCAGAAUACUUCUCAAGACACCAAAACUGCUCCAGGCCAACAGGAUGAGGAAACUGACAAAAAUGAGGCAGAACAGACAAAACUACCUUUUGUUUCUCAGGUUUUGGGACAAAGAAGGGCUACUGCAAGAGAACCGUUUGAAUGGACCCGUUACAUAAAGUCAGCCACCUUUGAUAGCUCUUCCACAGACCCAUCCAAACAAGAUGAUGGAAACCGUAAAGCAGAUGAUAAAGAUUCACCAAAGGAAGAAAAUUCAAAAACUCUUUCAGAAGUACAAGAACCGCCAGAUGUAGAGCAAACAAAUUCUUCACCAUCAGUGCCUCAAUCAAAGGCUUCUGAAGCUAAGCUGCCCAAAACUGAUCAACCAUUACAGUCAUCCAAAUCUUUCCUCGCCACUCCAUCCCAUGUAGAUAUGAAUGAUCCUGAUAAGAGGCUCAUGUUUUUCAAAGAAUUGGCAGCAAAACGCAAAGCUGCUAAGGCUGCAGAACUUGAAAAGAGUAAAGAUAAUGCUUCGCUGAAACCAACAACUGAGCUGAAAAACAAUACUACUGUUAUAAAGAAGGAACCUGUACCAAAAGAAACCGCAGAAAAGAAGACUGACACUUCAACAUCUGAGAGUUUAUUAGAAAAAAAUGCUGCUGCAGAGGAUGCAGGGAAAACAGAAGCAUGCAAGUCAGUCAGUCUGUCUUUAGAUGUCAGUGAUAAGUCAGGACAGGACAGUCAGGUUAUGACUGAUCCCAAAAGCUUUAAACAAGAACAAACCAGCGUUUCAACUGAUUUAGAGGGUACUAAGCUAAAGAAAAGCCAGUCAGCAGUAACUCUGCCUGUCUUGGCAGAAAAAGAAGCACCUCAGAGCAAACCACCAGCAGAGCGAAAGCUGUCAAAUCCUGCUGUAAAAACAAGGAGCCCCAGUCAGCCACCUACACCAACAAAUGCUACUCCUGCUAGUGUUUCUUCUCUUGCAAAAGGCACUAACGGAAGUGAAAGCCCACGCCUUGAUUCUACCUCAAAGGAGUCUAGUUCACUCAUUCCUAGUUUAGUGGAGGUAUCACCAUCUUCUACAUCUGCUGCACUGAAUUCUAACAUCCCAAAUCCUAAAUCAGUUCAGUCAGAAACCAGCACAUCCACUUCUCCACUGCUACCCAAACAACAAGCUGGAACAGAAUUAAGCUCUUCCAAACCAUUGGGCCAGAGUUCUUCCUCUGAUCACAUUCUGCCAGAUUCGGGUUCACAGAUCAGUCCAAGUCCUGCACCAACUUCAGCAGACACCACACCCUCCAAAGUUACCCAAGCAGACUCGAGCUCAACCCUAACUUCCAGCAAAGGGUCCCCAAAAACAAAGCAAUCUGUCAGCUCCUCAGUGCAAGAACCCUCCCAAAUGACAUCAUCUGAGACCCCUUCAGGAGAUGACUCUGCACAUUUGGAAUCUAAUAUUUCUGCUGACACAUGUGCUGCUGGUUCAGAGAAAAACUUAUCCUCAUUAGAGUCCACGUCAAAGACGGACUCUAAAGAACAUUGUGCUCCUACACCUUCAGAAGAAGAUGUUCCUGCAUCAGAAAACAUCACUCUUCGAAAGGCUGUUGAAGAGGAAUCUGAGCAUUCUGGAUCAUCAAAGGAUGUCAAAGCUGACAGCACACCUCCUAGCCUUAGCACUUCAUUGCCUGAAUCUAAUCUAUCUGAUGUGUCUGAUCUGGAAAGGAAAUCCAAAUCUGAUCGAAAUGAGGCUGUAAGUCCUACUCCCUCCGCAGCAGACACUCCACCCAAGCAGUCUGCAGCAGAAUUAAGCUCUCCUGUCCAUCCAGACUUAACUCCUAAUGUUUCCCAGGCAAAAGCAACUGCAUCACCUCAAGAUGCACCAAUACAAGCGACCCCUCCCUCUGAACUUAACCUGAAAGGAUCUGUCACUCCUACUCCUGCUGGAACAGUAUCAUGUUCUCCUCUAACGGUGUCAGUUGGAUCAGUUUUGUCACCUGAGGGUGAAAAAACAUUGUCUGCAUUGCACAGUCCCCAAGAUACUAACGCUCUUCCCAAACAGAUUCCAAAAGACUCAAAUGAAACUCCACUCCUCCCAUCAGCAGAAUCAUCUAGCUCAGCUGAGCCUACCUCAAAAGUCCCAAAAGAGGCUGAUCUGCCCUGCAAAACACCUGAAUCUGUGAUUUCUAAAACCCAUCCUUCAGAGCCACUCGUACCUGCUAAAACAGUAUCAUGUUCUUCUCCUCUAACUGAGUCAGUUGGGUCAGCUUUGUCUCCUGAGGCUGAAAAAUCAUCAUCUGCAUUGCCCAGUCCCCCAGAUACUAAGUCUCCUCCUAAACAGGUUGCAACAGACUUAAACAAAACUCCAAAGCUCCCAUCAACAGAAAGGUCCAGCCCAACUGAGCCUACCUCAAAAGUCCCAAAAGAGGUUGAUCUGUCCUGCAAAACACCCGAAUCUGUGACUCCUGAAACCCAUCCUUCAAAGCCACUUCUACCUGCUGAAACAGUGUCAUGUUCUCCUCCAACUGAGUCAGUUGGAUCAGUUUUGUCCCUUGAAGCUGAAAAGUCAUCACCUGAAUCGCACAGCCCCCCAGAUACUAGCUGUCUUCCCAAGCAGAUUGCAACAGACUUAAAUAAAACUCCAAAGCUCCCAUCAACAGAAACGUCUAGCCCAAGUGAGCCUACCUCGAAAGUCCCAUCACAGCCCAAUCUGCCAUGCAAAACACCUGAAUCUGUGACACCUGAAACCCAGCCUUCAGAAUCACAGGUAACUGCUGAAAAUAGUAAUAUGGACAGUCAGAAUAAAGUAAGCAAAGAGCCUGAAAAGCCUGACCUUGGUAAGAAAGAAACUGCUGAUACCACAAAAGAGGUUAAUAAAGAAACUGAUCUUCAGCUCGUUAAGAAAGAAACUGCUGAUACCAAGACCACAAAUGAUUUUAAUAAAGAAACUGAUCUUCAGCUCGUUAAGAAAGAAACUGCUGACACCACGACCACAAAUGAUUUUGAUAAAGAAACUGAGCUUCAGCCUGUUACGAAAGAAACUACUGACACCACGACCACAAAUGAUUUUGAUAAAGAAACUGAGCUCCAGCCUGUUAAGGAAAAAACUGUUGAUACCAAGGACAGAAAUGAGGUUAAUAAAGCCACUACACAGGGAUCAGUCUGCAUUGAGAAAACAAAUGACCAAGUAAAGCAAAAUAAUUGCUCUGAAUCGCCAGAGGUCACAUCAGAUAAAGUAUCUCCCCAGUCACCACAGUCCAAGCAGCCAAAAUCAAGCCAGUCUCGCUAUCAAUCAUCAACAGCCAACGUGCUCUCAAGCAGCAACCUCAGAGACGAUACAAAGCUGCUUCUAGAGCAAAUUUCUGCUAAUAGCCAAAACAGGAACGAAGCUGCCAAAGACUCCCCUGUCACAGAUGACGAGAAAGAAGACAAAGCUGACAAAAAGCAGGAGAAAGAAAAAGGGAUCAGCUCACUCACCAGAGGGCAGCCUAAGAUAAGUGAAGAUCGUGAGAAGUUGUUAGAGAGGAUUCAGAGCAUGAGGAAGGAGAGGAAAGUUUACAGCCGAUUUGAGAUGGCACCUUAAAUGGGAUCCGAUGAAAGUUGAGAGGAUAAACAGCACACACGGUGUGUGUAGCAAGAAGCAAAUUCAAGUAAAACACUGAGAUGAUGGGGUAGCCAAGUAGCUCACCUGGUAGUGUUUGCGCUCCAUGUACUGAUGCUGAGACCCCCCCCCACCGACCACCCAUUCUCAUCACUCUUUGUCUGUAGUUUCCAAUAAAGGCAAAAGACCAAAAAAAGCUGAAAUGAUGACGAAGGCAUUUUAUCACCAAAUAUAUUUAACAGAAAUAGAUUUCUCUAUUUGUAUUCUGCAAACAAGGCACAUUAUGUGAAGAAGAGGCAGCAAAGCAGUAUCGUGGCACUGAACUUGAAAGGGCAGAACAUUAAGUAAAAUAACUAAAAAUAUAAACCUGGUGACCAACAAAGGGCUUCUUGUGGGUGAAUCACCAAGAUGUUACCAGUGUAAAAAGUACAUGGACUGAGACUACAUGUGUGAUCAAAUAUGUUUUUUACUGACUGCAUGGGUAAAGUGCAAUGUUUGCAACAGGUUGCUUCUAUGAUGAGGUCUGUUCUCGCCUUUUUGACAGCCAUUAUUGAUGUUAUCUGGUUUUAAGACAAAAUGUGACAUAAAAGUGUAACAUAAUCUUAAGUAGUAGGAGUUUGUACAACUGUAAUAUACUGUAGCUUAUAUUUUAGUAUUUCACAAUCAUGUUAAAGAUGUUGAUAAUCACAUGUCUGUGAAACAAGUGGAUAUAUAAAUGUAUAUCCAUGCAGGACUGUUGUUGUUCUGGUGUAAAUAAAUGAUAGCUUUAAAUCUUUGUAAGCUGAAACAGACAUGGAAUUGAUGAAAAAUGAUGAACAAACCUGAGAUUGAAACAGAUCUGCAGCUAAAACAUGAUGUACCUACAAUACGAAUGUAUAGAUGAUUGCACCACACAGUAUGUAAUGUUUUUUUGUUUCUUUUUUUCUAUCAAACUUUGAUUACAACAGGACUCAUAGAGGAUAAAUGUCAGUUUUCCAAGCUGCUUGUAGUGGUCUUAAAGGGUCAGUUCAUCCAAAUUACCUGAGUCAUCCAAAUUAUUUGUAUUUUGAUGAUUUGGGAACAAACAACAUAAGGAAAGAUAUGCUGCUUUUUAAGUGUUUCAAUUGUUGGAUUCCUGUAUGGCAACAUUCCACUGGGGCUGAGUGACUCAGACGUGGUUAUGUUUGUAAUUUGCUGGAACUGACCCUUUAACUGUCUCUGAAAAUGUGCUUUGUUGAAUGAAAACUUGUCAUACCUGUACACUGAGAAGAGAAAUUCCAAAACUGCAAAAUAUUUACACAACACUAUGUAAAACUGUACUCUCAUAGUUCUACUUUUUUAUAAUGGAUCUAUCAAACUGUCUUCAGCAACACUUGCCUUUUGUAAAUAAAAUUUCUUAAAGUGUU